CUGCAAUUUACUGUUGCAAAAUAUAGGCCCAUCCGUUCUCGACUCGGGGUUCGAUUGCGUUAGCCUGCUCGCGGACGUUUCUUCUGUCGAUUGCUUCGGCCUGCCGCCCAUUGAACAAACAUGGCGGCCACUCCGACCACGAAUCCCUCUCAGUUGCUCCCUCUUGAGCUUGUGGACAAAUGUAUCGGCUCCCGGAUUCACAUCGUCAUGAAGACCGACAAAGAGAUCGUCGGCACACUGCUGGGCUUUGACGACUUCGUCAACAUGGUCCUAGAAGACGUGACGGAGUUUGAAAUCACACCGGAGGGGCGGAGGAUAACCAAACUGGACCAGAUCCUCCUCAACGGCAAUAACAUCACCAUGCUCAUACCCGGAGGAGAAGGUCCUGAAGUUUGAGACGACGGACCGCCGUUGAAGGACGAGAAUUUUGAGUUAUUUCUUUUUUUCCUUUUUUGACGUCUCCUGAGUUUGUAAAAUCAUUAUUUUUGUUGUUUUUCGGAUCAUUCUGUGUUGGUCUUGAGUGAGGAAGAUAUUUUUGUAAGAUUCCCCAAUUGAGUGUUUGUUAUAUAUAUUUUAAAAAGAACAGGUUGAAUUAAAACUAUCAUGAAUCACGCAUGACAAAAACAAUUUUUUUCUUUUUACAAAUAAAUAAGAAUCACUUGAAACAUGAGCUCUUCUUUAUUCUUUAAAAAAAAAAAACUAAUAGCUGUGCAGCUUAAAUGUCUCAUGCAUGUUGUCGUAACCACGGAGAGCUUGUCCACCUACUUGUGUGUGUGUCACUACCGUUUAAAAGUUUGGGCUCAAUUAGAAAAGAAUAAAAAAAUGUAAGUUUCCUUAUUUUUCAAAGAAUUAUUUUUCCAAUGAAGAUCACAUUAAAUGAAUCAUAACGCUACAUAGUUAAUGUGGUACAUGACUAUUCUCUGGUGUUUAAUAAAGUCCCUACAGAGGUGUGUAGAGGCCCAUCUCCA